CUACUGUGAGUGUGCAGAGGACCAACUGCCCUCUUCUUUUCAUCAGGUUCUGUGAAGUAGCAACACCACCCGUAAAACAUGGCGGAUGAUGAGGUGAGCAGCUCUGAGGAGGAAAGUCAGCAGGAGAUUGACGAUCGCGCACAAAAACAAUUGGAACAGGAGAAGAAGAAGAAGCAGACCGAGAUCGAGGCCAAGCGCGCCGAGGUGCGCAAGCGCCUGGAGGAGGCCUCCAAGGCCAAGAAGGCCAAGAAGGGCUUCAUGACACCUGAAAGAAAGAAGAAACUCAGGUUGCUGCUGCGUAAGAAAGCCGCUGAGGAGUUGAAGAAGGAACAGGAGCGCAAGGCCGCCGAGCGUAGACGCAUCAUCGAGGAGCGCUGCGGAAGCCCCAACGACGUUGAGGAUGCCAAUGAAGCUGAACUGCAGACAGUUAUUAAACAAUACUGGGAAAGGUUGUACGGUCUCGAAGGAGAUAAAUUUGACCUAGAGAGAGCCAUGAAACUUAGACAGUUUGAGAUCGCCGACCUCAACAGCCAAGUCAACGACCUUCGCGGCAAAUUCGUGAAACCCACCCUCAAGAAGGUGUCCAAAUACGAGAACAAAUUUGCCAAGCUGCAGAAGAAGGCGGCUGAGUUCAACUUCCGUAACCAGCUCAAGGUUGUCAAGAAGAAAGAAUUCCAGAUGGAAGAGGAAGACAAGGAGAAGAAACCCGACUGGUCCAAAUCCAAGGACGAAAAGAAGAAAGAGGGCGAGGAAGCUGCCGCUGAGGGCGAAGCUGCCGCCGCCGCCGAGGGUGAGGCCGCCGCAGCCGCCGCCGCCGCCGAGGGCGAGGCUGCUCCCCCUGCAGAGGGAGGUGAAGCUGCACCACCUGCCGAAGGCGCCGCUCCUCCCGCCGAGGGCGGUGAGGCCGCACCACCUGCCGAAGGCGCCCCACCUGCCGAGGGCGCUCCACCUGCAGAAGGCGCUGCGCCACCCGCGGAAGGAGCUGCGCCACCAGCGGAAGGAGCUCCUGCUGCACCUCCCGCAGAAGGCGCUCCCGCCGAGGGUGCUGCACCUCCCGCCGAGGGUGCGGCACCUCCCGCUGAAGGUGCCCCUGCGGCGCCCGCCGAGGGUGCACCUGCGCCCGCUGACGGUGCUGCCCCCGCGGCGCCCGCCGAGGGCGCACCCGCGCCUGCCGAGGGUGCCGCUCCUGCGGCGCCCGCAGAGGGCGCUCCCGCUGCUCCCGCGGAGGGAGCCGCCCCCGCCCCUGCCGCCGAAGGUACAGUCCCACCCGCUGAGGGAGCCCCCGCCGCUGAGGGAACAGCACCCGCUGACGGUGCCGCCCCUCCUGCCCCAGCACCUGCUGCUGAGGGCGCCGCGCCCGCCCCUCCUGCCGAAGGAGCACCAGCCCCCGAAACCCCGGCUGCAGCCCCUACUGAUGCUGUUCCUCCUCCUGCAGAGGCCGCCCCCGCUCCCGCAGCCGCUCCCGCCCCAGCCGAGCCCGCACCGGAAGCUGCCCCUGCCGAGGCACCCCCUGCAUAAACGUUCCGAGCCGAUGCACCAUCAAACUCACGCCACUGUCUAUUUCGUCAUGAAUUGGUGCCCUCAAAGGUCACUCGAGCUCUGGACGAGGUUCCAUUUAAAUUGUAUUCACUGUACGAAUAAAGCUACUUCACGGUGUCAAAUAAAUGUAAUACUAUUUUAAGGUA